UCACCAUUCAGCUCUUUUUAAACUGACGAUCGCCUUGCUUUCCAGCAGAACAACACACCAACACUCCAACAACAGCAAUUGGAAACCCGCGCGGCUAUCAAGAACAUCGACAGAACCCCUCGCAUCUUCAACCACAAUCGCAAAGGAUAGAGUGCAACAAAUAUCCCACCACCUCUCACCAACAUCAUCAUCAACCAUGACGACCGAGCAAUCAGCACCGGAGACCGUGCCCGAUCAAAAAAAGAUUGCUAAACUGGAUGAGCCCGUCCCAGACACAUUCAAUCAGCUCCUACCUCUCCCAGAAGGCUGGAAGAAGGAUAACAAGCACCCCAAAUUUCAGCACUGCCAACCUCCCAAACCACCCGUGUAUCCCAAAGGCAUGCAGUCCGUCUUCCUUGCCGGCAGCAUUGAAAUGGGAAAGGCCAUCCAGUGGCAAGAGCGCCUGGUCGAACACCUCCAGCACCUUCCGCUGACCGUCUGCAACCCGCGGCGCGGGUCGUGGACGAUAGACGGGACUCCAGCAGAAAUGAAGAAGGCCUUUGACGAGCAGGUCAAAUGGGAGCUCGAAGCCCUCGAGAACUGCGACGUCAUCUGCUUCUUCUUCGAUCACGCUACCAUCAGCCCGGUGACCCUCGUGGAACUCGGCCUCUGGGCCAAGAGCGGAAAGGUCGUCGUCUGCUGCUCCAAGAAGUACUGGCGCGCAUCGAACGUGCACUUCGUUUGCGACAGGUACAAAGUCCCUAUCACCGACACCUUCGAGAACCUAUUGCCCCUUGUCAAGCACAAGCUGCAGGAGAAGGGGAUGAAGUUCCCCGAUAGCGAGGACGUCAGAAUCCCGCCCACGGUCUCUGAUCUGAGUGCGCAGCCCACGAAGUGGAAGUUCGAGCGCGACGAGUGAGGUGCAGACGAGAUGGGUAUCGUGCGUGCAUGACUUAUGGCGUUGGCGGCGUUCUUUGGGGACUUUUUCUCAUUGAUCCUACUUGUUGCAUUGGGAGGGGGAGUCUUUGUUUGAUUCCCAAUUUUCCUUUGUUAUAGCAUCAUCACAUGUUGGCCUCCUUUCUCUUGGUGGAUCGCAUACGGUUACGACUCAAUCAUCUUUCAUGAUCUUCGUGCAUGUCUAUAUGGGGGGCAUAACUAGCAUUUUCAUCUGUGUGAUGGAGCGGGUUUUUGCGGACAUCGUGAAGCAUGUAACUGGCGGUGUUUCUACAUACUACAAUUCAAACGUUUCUCAUUAAAACUUGGGUC